UUUCUUUAUGACAUGAAAUUCUGUGUAAAUGCGAACGUCAAACAAUAUCCGUUUCCGUUCUGCCAUUAUUGUUUCUUUCUCUUGUCAGACUGCGCAGGCAGGAUUUUCAAGAUGCAGUUACACAUCAGAGGACAAUCUACGCACGUCUUGGACGUUCAUGGACAAGAAACAAUUGCACAAAUCAAGGAGCGAAUCCGCAACCUUGCUGCAGUUGGAGAUGAAGAUUUAACUUUGUCUCUAUGCGGUGCCCCACUUGAUGAUGCUACCCUUGUGUCGGACCUAUCAUCAGCAGAGUUGGACCUUACAAUCCCACUGCUUGGUGGUAAAGUUCACGGAUCCUUGGCUCGUGCUGGUAAGGUAAAGGGCCAGACACCCAAAGUGGAGAAACAACAGAAGAAAAAGAAGAAGACUGGCCGUGCCAAGCGUAGGAUCCAAUACAACAGACGAUUCGUGAAUGUUGUACAAACGUUCGGUCGUCGCCGUGGACCCAACUCCAACUCUUAGAUUUAUUCUUUGUAAAUGAAAUGCAAAUAUAACAUCUUUUGCGCCAA